CUCACGUCCUUAGAUUCACUGUUGUUUACCUGCGCAGAUUUUCACUUUUACGCAAAUUCUGCUCGUCUUCUGUUGUUUUUUUUUGUGUUGAGUCACUUUUACUUCGCUGUUGGUGUUAAAAUGGCGUCUCUGGAGGUCCGCGCGCAUCCCGGAGCCGGAGAAAACCCCGUGCGGAUGGGGAAAGCGACUGCAGCGGGACCGAGGAGAGCAGCUCUGGAGGAACUGACCAACUUCAACCCCGCAGCAGUCAACACAAAGAGAGGAGCAGCUAAGUCCAAGCUCUCUGCUGCUUUGAAAACCAGGCAGCCUGAGAAGAAGCCUGAGAAGCAGCCUGAGAUCCAGCCUCAGCCCCCGCAGGUGGAAGUCCCAGUGGUCCCUGAGGUCCCUGAGGCUCCACGGCAGCUGGAUUUGUCCAUGAAGGAGAGCGAGCUGUGCCAGGCCUUCUCUGAGGUGCUGCUCACAGUGGAGGAUGUGGAUGAACAGGACUCUGACCAGCCUCAGCUCUGCUCUCAUUACGUUAAAGACAUCUACAGAUAUCUGCACGAGCUGGAGCAGCAGCAGGACGUGAGGCCCCACUACAUGCAGGGCUACGAGAUCACGGGCCGCAUGAGGGCACUGCUUGUGGACUGGCUGGUCCAGGUGCACUCCAGGUUUCAGCUGCUGCAGGAGACUCUGUACCUGACCGUGGCCGUGCUCGACCGCUUUCUGCAGGUGCAGCCGGUGUCUCGCAGGAAGCUGCAGCUGGCCGGGGUGACGGCCAUGCUGGUGGCCUGUAAGUUUGAGGAGAUGUACGCUCCGGAGGUGGGAGACUUCGCCUACAUCACAGACAACGCCUUCAGCAAAGCCCAGAUCCUGGAGAUGGAGCAGGUGCUGCUGCGGAGCAUCAAGUUCCAACUGGGACGCCCUCUGCCCCUGCACUUCCUGCGCAGGGCGUCCAAAGUGGCCUAUUCUGACGUGGAGAGACACACUCUGGCCAAAUACCUGAUGGAGCUGACUCUGCUGGACUACGACAUGGUUCACUUUCGUCCGUCUGAGAUCGCGGCUGCAGCUCUGUGUCUGUCACAGCUGCUGCUCGAGGGGCUGCCCUGGUCUCCCACUCAGCAGCACUACUCCACUUAUGACGAGGCCCACCUGAGGCCCAUCAUGCAGCACAUCGCCAAAAACGUGGUCCAGGUCAACGACGCCAAGACAAAGUUCAUGGCGGUGAAGACCAAGUACUCGAGCAGUAAACUGAUGAAGAUCGCCCUGGUCCCUCAGCUCAGCUCUCCCAUCAUCAGGAGCAUGGCGGCCGCAGUGGAGCAGAGUCACUGACACAGACCAGAGCCCGGGACAAGAACGCACUUUAUUUUUCACUCAGUCCUGAAGAUUUUACGGGAUUUUAAAUAAACAUUUUAAUAGUUUUUUUCUAAAAACAUUUGUUUUAACACUGUGGUACGUUUGUCUCAAGACUUUAAAUCACUGUUUCCAAACACUACCUCACUGUAAAAGGGCAAAUCAAACCUUCUUGCUGUAUUACGCUUUAAAGUUCAACUGUAUAUCAGCUAUCGGCCUGUAAUCAAAUCCAGAUUCUGCUGUUAAACUCUGCUAAACUCAGCUCUUGUAUCCACAUUGUAGUAAACACAGUUUGUUUAUGAGUUCGAUGUCAUUUCAAAUCUAAAAUAUGAGGGGAAAAUAAUAUCUGCAGAUCUCAUGACAUCUGUUUUGGUCUAUUCUUAAAAAAAAAAAAAAAAUUGUCAUGAGAAAAACC